CGUGCCACUGUGUGCAUGCGUGUGCGCGUGUGGGCGGAUGGUCUGGACGACUGCUUGCAGCAGUACGUGUGCGUGUUUGAGCGCGGAGGCGUGUGCGGGGAGAGGCUGCUGAGGAUCAGCCACGCCGAGCUGGAGGAGCUGGGAGUCUCUCGCAUCGGACACCAGGAGCUCAUCCUGGAGGCCGUGGACCUGCUCUGCGCCCUGAACUCGGGUCUGGAGACGGAGAGCGUCCGGACUCUGGCUCACAAGCUCGGCGCCUCGGCCAAAAACCUGCAGAACUUCAUUUCCGGCCGCCGCCGCAGCAGCCAAUCGGAGAGCAGGUCCUCUCGGCGGCUCCCCAACGACCUGCUGACCUCCGUGGUCGACCUCAUCACCGCAGCCAAGAGCCUGCUAGCGUGGCUGGACAGGUCCCCCUUUGCGGCGGUGGCGGACUACUCAGUAACCCGGAAUAAUGUAAUCCAGCUCUGCCUGGAGCUCACCACCAUUGUGCAGCAGGACUGUACGGUGUUCGAGACGGAGAACAAGAUCCUUCACGUGUGCAAGACGCUGUCGGAGGUGUGCGAGCACAUCGUGUGUGUGUCCUCCGACCCGCUGGUGUCUCAGUCAGCCCACCUGGAGCUGGUCCACCUCACCAACGUCAAGACCUCUGAGGGCCUGGGAAUGUACAUCAAGUCCACCUACGACGGCCUCCACGUGAUCACAGGAACCACCGAAGGGUCGCCGGCGGACCGCUGUAAGAAGAUCCACGCAGGGGAUGAGGUCAUACAAGUCAAUCACCAGACUGUGGUGGGCUGGCAGCUACGCAACCUGGUCGGCUCGCUGAGGGCCGAUAAGGGCGUCGUGUCCCUGACCCUGAAGAAGCGUCCGCAGAGCACGCUGAGCUCCGCCCCCGCCCUGCUGAAGAACAUGCGCUGGAAACCCCUCGCUCUGCAGCCAACCAGAAGCCCCGGCAGCAGUUCGGCCACGCCCUCGGGCACGCCCACCAAGAGCUCUGCCAUCCAGGACCUCUACAUCCCCCCCCCACCCGCUGAGCCGUACACACCCAGAGAUGAGACAGGAACCCUGCCGGGAGACGAGGGUGGGCGUAGCCACGGCGGCGUGGGCGUCGCCAAGCGCUCCGAGUCGCCCAACUCCUUCCUGGAUCAAGAGUCCCACCGGCGAGAAGAGGAGGAGCCGGCGUACUGCACCACGCCCACGUACGGCAGGCUGAGGCCCAUCUCCAUGCCUGUGGAGUGUAACUGGGUGGGCGACUAUGAAGAUCCGGCCAAGCUCAACAGAGAAAACCGCAGAGAGGCGACCCUGAUGCGUUACGUGGGACUGUCCGGCGUGGACGAGAGGACCGGCUCUGAAGACUACUCCUCCCACACGGCCCGCCCGGGGAAACGGACCAACGACACGGCCAAACGCGCAAAGAGGCGGAGCCACCAUAGCCAAAGCCCCUCCCACUAUGUCCUCCAGACAAAUCAGAGGGAUUCUCCACCCAGAGACGCCGCCUCCGUUUAUCACACCUACCAACAGGCCUCCUCUCUGCAGGCAAAGAACAGGAAGAAGAACCGAGGACGAAGUCUGGCCUCUCUGAGCCGGCGGCGUGUUUCCUGCAAGGCGCUGGGCCGAGGGGAUUGCGAGGGCUGGCUGUGGAGGAAGAGAGACGCCAAGGGUUACUUUUCCCAGAAGUGGAAGAAGUACUGGUUUGUCCUCAAGGACAACUGCUUGUACUGGUACAUCAAUGAGGAGGACGAAAAGGCCGAGGGCUUCGUCAGCCUUCCAGAGUUUAAGAUCGACCGGGCCAGUGAAUGUCGCAAGAAGUAUGCUUUCAAAGCAUGUCACCCUAAGGUCAAGAGCUUCUACUUCGCAGCAGAUGGAGUGGAUGACAUGAACAGAUGGCUGAGUCGCCUCAACAUGGCCGCUGUCGGCUACGCGGAGCGAGAGAGGAUACGCCAGGAGCAGGAUUACUGGAGCGAGAGUGAACACGAGGAGGACACCACCUCCAGCCCCAAGCAGGACAGUCCCCCACCUCCAUACGAUACCUACCCACGGCCUCCAUCGAUGAGUGCCUACCUGGAAGGCCGGACCACCCGGCUGUCUUCCACGGAGACGUCCCGCUCCCGCUCCUCCCAGGAGGACUUCCUCUGCGGCGAGGCCCCCGCGGUGGCCGCGGAGCCGCAGUACCACCCGGGUCCCCUCGGGUGCGGCACCACGCACAGCGGCAGGAAGCCGGGCGGCAGCAGCAGCAGCGACGUGCAGUACAGAUGUGAAGCUGUGGAGUACCGAUCGAGUCCUACAGGGGGCAGCAGUGAGACCGGGUCUCCGGGCCGAUCUUCGUCCUCUCAAAGACGGUCCUGGCAGGACCUGAUCGAGACCCCGCUGACUGAGGCCGGGCUGCACUACCUGCAGACCGGACCCCUAGAGGACGCCGUCUUCGCUGAGCCCGGUCCGGGCGGCGGGACCAUGAUGGCCGGAGCCGUUUACACCCUCCCCGCGCAGAGGAACGUCCCGUUGCCCAUGGCGAUGCAGAGACUGAUUCCCAUGGCAACCCAGGGAGGGAAACCCCGCAGCUUCACACUGCCGAGAGACAGCAACCUGCACACGCUGCUCACGCCCCCCGCCAAAGAACGACAGCAUGCGCACAGCGGCGGCAGCGAGGGCGCUUCCCUGGGCGAUCUGUUCCGGGCGUGCGAGCAGGGCGGCGUGUGCCCCCUGGGUCGCGGGUCGGACGCCAGAGGUCAGUCGGAGUGCAGGCAGUCGUUCCUCCGACGGGCCGCCGACCCCCAGCUCAACGAGCGCCUGCACCGCCUGCGCAUACUGACCUCCACGCUGAAGGUUGGACAGGAGGGGGAGCUAGCGCUGAUUGACAGGCUGCUGUCAAUCCCCAGCUGUCGCGCAGAGUUGCAGGAGUGGAAACGAGCCUAUCAGGAGCUGUUCUCUCAGAAGCCAGACUCGGCCGCUGACUCAGACCCCGGCCCCCCCCUCACCCCCUCGUUCUCUCACACGCACUCCUACAUCGAGACCCACGUCUGACGAGCGCAACACGCACACACGCACACACACACACGCACACACACACACACAAACACACGACGCUCCAGUUGCUGUCAUCUCUGGUUCCCGCGUGUGGAACCAGUCGAACCAGCAGCAGCGGACGUUUCUGACGCGUCAGGGUUGUGACCAGCGACGGACCUUUGCGCGUCCCGAUGCCGUGCACGGGCGCACCGGCCUUCUCUGGGGCCCCGCGUGGCCCUCGUGUCACGUGCGCCGCUCCAGCCGGCUCGGGGGCGGACCUUUGACCCAUCUUUCGGCGUGUCGCGCGUCUGCUUCCGUUUGCUCUUUCAAAGCGCUGACGUUGGACGGCUCUCGGCAGUUGGUUCCUCCCUGACGCGGACAAAGACCUUCAGGGUCGUGUCUCCAGGAGCCGCCGCUGUGCCACCGUGUUCCAUCCACAGUGUCCCACAGACGUGCGUUGUGUUCUAUCAAGCCUCAUGCUUGGUGAUAUUUUCUGUGCAGUGAGUGUGACAGCAAAGAACAAUUUGAUUUUUUUUUUUUGGAUCGUCCUGGUUUGGUAGAAGGACGUACCGUUCUGGGCUGGACCUGAAUCGUGCACACUAACCUCUAGGAAGGAGACAACUUUGAAUGAAAAAGCCGUCUUAACAACACUUUUGACACUCUUUUCUCACAGCAAUGAUAAGAUCCAGAGGCCCGUGUUUUUAGUAUUCUGUGUUUCCCGUCACUUUAUUAUCUCUGUCGGGGUGAGUUUACCUCCAGCGACACUUGUCCUAGAAAGAAAUCAUUGAUAUGGAUCAGCUGCCCGAAUUGGAGCUCCUUAAUUAAAUUCGAGACAUAAAUGUUCCCUUUAAAUCACAAUCGAUUUGGCGGAAACGUGAAACGUCUUCAGAUCAAAAUGAAAUGUCCAUUAAAACCAGCUCAUGUUGAAAGAGUUCAUCUGGUGCCAUGUGAUUCGGAUCUGCUCCAAUUUGUAAUGGAAUCCAUCACAUCUUCCACCCUGGUCAAAGAAAAAACGGAGCUGUUUGAUUCAUUUUUUUUGUAUUCCAAAUGAUCCAUAUUUUGCCACUUAAGGAAUAUAGGAAGUUAAAGAUAGAAAACUUCAUCCUCUGUUGCAAAUGAUGUGUUUUACACGCAAGAUAGAACUUUUUAAACUGAAUUAUUUUACUCUUUCUGUGGCUUUAUCAGUCGAGUUGACUUUAAAGGCUUUGAGGUUUUCCGUUGAUCUGGUGGAUCAGACCUUUUCUCUGUGUGGGCCGGACUGGAACUGAUUGUCAUCCUUCUUACCUCAACAGCUCUGUUGCACCUGGUCUAACAAAUGACACCGUUCUCAUUUUUUAUUGGUUGAUAAAAGAAAGAUUUGUGGUUCUCUUCAAAUUUCCGGCCCACAUCCUGUGAGGUCUAAUCGACUGAAAACGCCCAUGUGGGGCGUUCAGAGGCUUAAGCACUUUAAAUACGGACGCCGGAUUGUUUGAGUCGCCACAGAAGAGAAACAAGCUAAAGUAAUAAGCAGGGAAAAUGACAAAACAUCUCCUGAAACUUAUAUAUGACUGUUUAAAAGUUUCUUUUGGUGUAUUUGCUCCUCGUGUAUCCUGCAUGCGACAUAGAGAACACGAGGAAACAUUUGCAUAGCAGUUGAAAUAUGGAUCUAAUAAACAUAUAACAGUUUGUUCUUCGUACGCCGCUGCCAUAUGGCUUGAUAUUCACAGCCGCUGCACAAAACUAUGAAAGCAAUCGUGCACACAAUAAACACACGCGUCACACAGUUCGAACGCUCUCUCCGUGCUGCUGCCCGUGGUUGGUUGUAGUAGCAUGUCUGUAUUGUAUAAACACAAUAUUGCUUGUCUGUUUUUUGGUGUUUGAAAUCUGUAGAUAGGGUAGAUCGCUCUUCAGUGCAAACGAAGUGUCUUGGAUAAUGUUCUCUAAUUAAUCAGGGUUUCUUUCCUCGGAACAGUUGAGGUGAAGGUGGGUUUAAUGUCUAUAAAUGAUGGUACGAUAAUGAGUAUUUAUUCAUCAUUCUACAUGUUGCUGUCGGAAAUGAGUGGGGCGGAUAAAUAAAGUGUGGGCAUUUGGA